AUGGACGGGAAGUUGCCGCCGCCGAACCCGAACCUGCCGUACCGGGAGGACUGCUGGAGCGAGGGCGAGACGGCCGCGCUCGUCGACUCCUGGGGCUCGCGCUACCUCGACCUCAACCGCGGCAGCCUCCGCCAGCCGCAGUGGCGGGAGGUCGCCGACGCCGUCAACUCCCGCCCCGGGGCCUCCGCGCGCCGCCGCCCGCCGCGCACCGACAUCCAGUGCAAGAACCGCGUCGACACGCUCAAGAAGAAGUACAAGGCCGAGCGCGCGCGCGGCGGGCCAUCGCCCUGGUCCUUCUACGGCCAGCUCGACUUCCUCGUCGGGCCCACGCUCACCGGCAGCAAGAAGCCGUCCCCGCCGCGCGCCGCGCUGCCCGUCUUCCGGAGGCGCCAGACGCCGCCGCGCUCCCCGUCGCCGCAAUCGCCGCCGCCGCUCCCCAUGGCACUCCCGCUGCACAAUUACCGCCGUGGCUCCGACCUCCCCUCCGCAAACCUCAUCCAUAAGGCGGCCGCAGCCGCCGCCGCCGCUGCCGCGGAGUCCGACUCAGAAGAUGGCUACAACAACAACGACUAUGACGAUGAUGAAGGCUCUCAGCAGUCGCCGUCGCGUUCGGUAUCUUCUCGCUCCGGUGGUGGUGCUGCCGCUCCUGCUGUUGGCAGCAAGAGGAAGAUGAGCAGCGGGAGUGGUGGAUUCGGGGAGCUAGCGAGGGCAAUUGAGACCUUCGCGGAUAUGUACGAGCGCAUGGAAGCUGCUAAGCAGCGGCACGCGGAGGAGAUGGAGAGGCAGCGAAUCAAGUUCCUCAAGGAUCUGGAGCUGAAGCGGAUGCAGGCUUUUGUGGACAUGCAGCUGCAGCUUGCGAGGGCAAAGCACGCCAGGAAGGGUGAUGCUUCCUCAGAGAUGCUCAUGUCUCUCGCUGCACUGCCAUUCCUCAGCAGCCCUGCUUUCCUCUAA